CAGCGAGGAGGCUCGAGAAACCAGUGACAAAAUGGUCUAUGACUGGGAUGGCAAGCUUGAUACUUGCUAUCGGCAGUAUGUCAUCGAAAAGAAAUCCAUUGAUGAGGUGAUGCAAUACUGGAAGGCUCAAGGCUUCAAUCCUUCCAAACGAGCAUUCCAGUCUCAAUUCAAGCGAUGGCACUUCCCAAGCAAGCACAAUCCGGCUCACAAAAGCCCAGCGCUCGUGGCGCGCAUUCGCCAGCUCUGGGAGCAGAACGAAACUCAGGCGUCGAUGCUGGAGAUCCUCCGUCGAGAAGGGUUCAACAUCUCCUCCAGAUCUCUCUCCAGGCUUCGAGGAUCCCAGCGGUUCCUUCUUAGGACUCCGAACAAGACCAAGUCUGAGGAACCGACGGCUGCUACCGAAGCAAUUACUGAGGAUGUCCAAGAUGUUCAAGAUGUUCAAGAUGUCCAAGACGUCCGAGAUGUUCAAGAUGACACCAUGUCGGGCAUGAAUGAGAAUGCUACAGAUGCAGAUCUCGCACAGAGCAAUGUUUCCUCUGAGAACCCUGUAUCCUAUAUUCCUGAGAUCAGCCAAGCCCUUGCAUCACAAGCGAACGGAUACGCCCCUCAGUUGCAGAACGAUCCUGCCGAACCCAACCCUACCCCGAAGCGCAAGAGACCCACCGGUGUCAGAUAUGAUUGCGAGAUGCCACUCUACGAAUGCAAAUCCCGUCUUGAGCUGGACAACGAGGAAUAUGCUGAGGUCAAGUCGACGUUCGAGAAAAUCUGCCGGGAACGAGGCAUCACCCGCAAGAAGGACAGCGGAUGGCAAGACGCCAAGGCUACUCUCAUUGAGAUCCAUCCGAAGCUUCGAGGGUUGCUCCGAACGGAGAAUUACCCUCAUGUUCCCGAACAGAUCAUUGACAAGCGGAACCGUGCUUUGGACAAUCUGUGCCAGGAUAUCGCAAAGCGACUCCGCACCAACCCUCGCCAACCGCUCGCCGUUUCCAAGAAUAUCCUAGGCCUUGAUCCGGAGCAUCAUCGACAAGUUCGAGAUACCUUCAUCGACAUCCUCCACGCGCAGAAUGCCCGGACCAAAUCCGAGAUGGGUCUUGCACGUUGGGACGCAAUCAAGCAGGAGUGGAUCGCCAAAACACCCCUUCUGCACGAUAUGGUCGCCACGGCCCCCCCCGAGAACCAGAAGGAAAUAGGUAAGGCCCUCGAACUGGUUGCGAGAGAGGCACAGAAGCGCUACCGAGACAACCUCGCCAAGGAAGACCCGACGACGCGUCGCCGUCUAUCCCAAGCCCUUCCUGGUCCCGGGCCCGCACCUCCGCGAAUGCCGAAGAGGCACGUCCCUCUUGCUCAUGACGCCCCCGCCGGACCUUCGGUGCAUCCCCCAACAUCCCCCCCGGCGCCCUCCACCGUCGCGAUGAACGCGCUUGAGUCGCAGCUUCGCCAGGCGAAUGCCGAGCACGAGGAGCGGAUCGAUCCCGAAUUGCUUCGUGCGGCGAAUCAUCCCGCGCUGGCGAUGCCUGAGGGCUUGCCUUCGGAUGGAACGUCUCAGGGAGGCAAUUUCGGAUUCCACAAUGCGUAUCCUAUGCAGCCGAUGGACGAGAAUGGACAGCUCUACCACUUCUCUCGAGGAGGCAUGUGAGGAUGGAUUAAGGGACCGGUAGCAUGAUCGGAGACUACCGAUGCUGAGGCGGAGGAGCAUGAUGAUAUCUCCUGGUCGGUGACAGGCGUCGUUACGAGGUAUGAGGAGUUACAAAGGCUAUGAGAUAUCCACAGGCGGCGUUUCGCAUCGUCAUGGCAAAAGUCGGCGUCAACAGACGCCUUUAAUUCUUCCGUGUCCAUAUUCUCAGCGCUCAGCGCUCAGCGCAUUAGCUCUAGCUAGUGAUUCAAUUCGAAACCAUUAA